UGCUGAUCGGCAUUUUCAGUUUCCGAACAAAAGUGAGAGUCCCAUAUUCAUUCCCGCCUUUAGCCUCUCCAAAGUCUCGCUGACGCGAACGCCCACAUUACACUCGUACACUUUCCUUCUUUGUUAUUCUCACUCUGUCUGCUAGGGUUUCAUCUACUGCUCUCCCUGUCCAUUUCAUUGCUCUAGCUCAAUGUUCCCUCCGAAGGAACUUUUAGCCACACUAGAAUCAGCGCUUCUCAGCCCCUCGCAUCCUUCUGCAGCUCAAAGGGUCGAGCUCUUGCACGCCGUUCGCAGCUCUCUGCCCUCUUUCCGCUCCCUUCUCUCGUAUCUGCCUCCAAAGGCCUCUGAUCGAAGUCAAGUACAAUCAAAAUCCGUUAGGCUUCCAGAUUCUCCGCCUAUCUCUCUCGACGAUCAGGAUGUACAGAUUGCUCUCAAGUUGAGUGAUGACCUCCAUCUCAAUGAAAUUGAUUGUGUUCGAUUGCUUGUUUUGGCUAAUCAAGAGUGGGGUUUAAUGGGAAGAGAACCACAAGAAAUUGUGCGCCUUGCAUCAGGACUCUGGUAUACUGAAAGAAGGGAUCUAAUAACAUCUCUCCAUCUGCUGUUUAGGGCUGUGGUUCUUGACCAAGGCCUGGAAGAAGAUUUAUUGUCUGACAUUCAGAAAUACUUGGAAGAUCUCAUCAACACUGGACUAAGACAACGUUUCAUAUCUCUGAUUAAGGAACUCAAGAGAGAAGAACCAUCUGGUUUGGGUGGUCCUAUGUCUGAGCGCUAUCUUCUUGAUUCAAGAGGUUCUCUUGUGGAGCGGCGAGCAGUGGUCUCAAGGGAAAGACUUAUUCUUGGACAUUGUCUUGUCCUUUCUGUUUUGAUUGUUCGGAUGAGUUCGAAGGAUGUAAAAGAUAUCUUUUCUGCUUUAAAAGAUAGUGCUUCUGAAGUCAGUGAGAAUGAUGCUACUGUCGAUCAUCAGAUAACCUUUAGUCUUUUCUUUUCUCUUGUGAUUGCAUUCGUCUCAGAUGGUUUGAGCACUGUGCCUGAUAAAGCAUCUAUCCUUUCAUCUGAUGCUUCAUUCAGACGAGAAUUCAAUGAAAUUGUAAUGGCUUCUGGAAGUAAUCCAAUUGUUCAGGGCUUUGUUGGCGGCAUUAGGCUUGCUUGGGUGGUACAUUUGAUGUUAAUACAAGAUGGAAUUUCUUCAAGGGAGUCUAUUUUAAGCAAUUCAUCAAAUGAAAUCGGUUAUCUUAGUCAAGGCUUGGAGGUCAUUUUCUCAGAAAAUGUCUUUCAGUUUUUACUGGAUAAAGUUCUUCGUACUCCAGCCUACCAGAAUGAUGAUGAGGAUAUGAUUUAUAUGUGCAAUGCUUAUCUUCACAAGUUGAUUACCUGCUUCUUGUCUAGUCCACAUGCCAGAGACAAGAUAAAAGAAUCCAAGGACAGGGCCAUGAGUAUGCUUAAUCCAUACCGUACCGCUGGAUCACAUGACAUUGUGCCAGCCCAGAGCUCAAGUUCUCUACAAGGCACUGAAACCUCUCCAACGCCGUUUGUAUCCAUCAUGGAGUUUGUUAGUGAAAUUUAUCAGAAAGAACCAGAGCUUUUGUCUGGAAAUGAGGUGUUAUGGACAUUUGUAACUUUUGCUGGGGAGGAUCAUACAAAUUUUCAAACGCUCGUAGCUUUCCUGAAUAUGCUCAGCACCCUGGCUUUGAGUCGGGAAGGUGCUUCAAAAGUUUAUGAGUUACUGCAAGGUAAAGCAUUCCGUUCAAUAGGGUGGAGCACUUUGUUUGAUUGCUUAGCAAUCUAUGAUGAGAAAUUUAAACAGUCCCUUCAAACUGCUGGAGCAAUGUUGCCUGAAAUUCAGGAGGGGGAUGCAAAAGCUCUUGUGGCAUAUCUGAAUGUUCUUAUGAAGGUUGUGGAAUAUGGAAACCCUAUCGAAAGGAAAAAUUGGUUUCCUGAUAUUGAGCCAUUGUUCAAGCUUCUUAGUUAUGAAACUGUGCCUCCGUAUCUGAAGGGUGCUCUGAGGAAUGCAAUAGCUACAUUUGUUCGUGUUUCUCCAUUAUUGAAGGAUAGCAUUUGGGCCUAUCUUGAGCAAUAUGAUCUACCUGUAGUCGUUGGGCCUCAAUUACAGAAUGGUCCACAACCCCUAGCUACUCCGCUUUAUGACAUGCAAUUUGAAUUGAACGAAAUAGAAGCAAGGAGGGAACAAUAUCCUUCGACCAUAUCUUUCAUUAACUUGAUAAAUACUCUCAUAGCUGAAGAGAAAGACAUGAGUGAUAGAGGGCAAAGAUUUAUUGGCAUCUUUAGGUUCAUCUAUGACCAUGUUUUUGGGCCAUUCCCUCAGAGAGCUUAUGCUGAUCCUUGUGAGAAAUGGCAGUUGGUUGGUGCUUGCCUUAAGCAUUUCCACAUGAUGCUAAGCAUGUAUGACAUCAAGGACGAGGACAUUGAGGGAGUAGUUGAUCAAUCUCGAAUUUUAACUGCUAAGGAAUCAUCAUCACUUCAGGCACAGCUCCCUAUUUUAGAGUUGCUAAAAGAUUUCAUGAGUGGUAAGACUGCUUUCAGAAACAUCAUGGGUAUUCUUCUGCCCGGGGUAAAUUCAAUCAUUGCUGAAAGGAAUAGUCAAAUAUAUGGGCAGCUUCUAGAGAAUGCUGUGCAACUUUCUUUGGAAAUUAUUGUACUUUCCCUUGAGAAGGAUUUACUUCUUUCUGAUUAUUGGCGACCUCUAUACCAGCCUUUGGAUGUUAUACUCUCCCAAGAUCAUAAUCAAAUAGUGGCUCUUCUGGAGUAUGUCAGAUAUGAUUAUCAGCCAAAAGUCCAGCAAUCUUCUAUCAAAAUCAUGAGUAUUUUAAGUUCCCGCAUGGUUGAGCUUGUUCAACUGUUGCUAAAAUCUAAUGCUGCAAACAGCUUGAUAGAAGAUUAUGCUGCCUGCCUUGAGCUGCGGUCAGAAGAGUCUCAGAUUAUAGAUAGUGCUAAUGAUGAUCCAGGCAUCCUUAUUAUGCAACUUCUAAUUGACAACAUCAGCAGGCCUGCUCCAAAUAUCACUCAUCUGCUACUGAAAUUUGAUCUCGAUGCUCCUGUUGAGCGCACAGUUUUGCAGCCUAAAUUUCAUUACAGUUGCAUGAAGGUUAUCCUUGACAUGCUGGAGAAGCUUUUGAAGCCUGAUGCGAAUGCAUUACUUCAUGAAUUUAGUCUUCAGCUCCUUUAUGAGCUAUGCGUGGAUCCAUUAACAUCUGUUCCUACAAUGGAUUUGCUAUCCAACAAAAAGUAUCAAUUCUUUGUCAAGCAUCUUGAUACAGUUGGUAUCGCUCCACUUCCAAAACGGAAUAACAACCUAUCCCUUCGUAUCAGUUCCCUUCAUCAGAGAGCAUGGCUGUUGAAAAUUUUAGCUGUUGAGCUGCAUACUGGUGACGUUAGUAGCUCUAAACACAAGGAAGCAUGUCAGACAAUUCUUUCAUAUCUUUUUGGACAAGGCAUCACUGGUAGUGGUGGAGGCCAAACCUCAUCUCUGUUAACUCUUCAAGAUACUGCUGAAAAUGCUGCUAUAAGAACUGUCAGUAAGAGUAAGGUCUUAGAAUUGCUUGAAAUCAUCCAAUUCAGAUCCCCAGAUACCACUACAAAGCUUUCAAACAUUGUGCCUAGUAUGAAGUAUGACUUGUUGGCCGAAGACAUACUUGGGAAUCCAGCAAAUUCUGGAAAGGGUGGUGUCUACUACUAUUCUGAGAGAGGUGACCGGCUAAUUGACUUAGCUUCAUUCCAUGACAAACUUUGGCAGAAAUUUAAUUCUGCAUAUCCCCAACUGAGUAAUCUUGGCAGUGGAGUUGAAAUUAAUGAUGUUAAACAAACAAUUCAACAGCUGAUGAGAUGGGGUUGGAAAUAUAAUAAGAAUCUUGAGGAACAAGCUGCACAACUCCAUAUGUUAACUGCCUGGUCCCAGAUUGUCGAGAUAUCUGCUUCUAGAAGAUUGACAAUGCUUGAGGAUCGUUCUGAAAUUCUAUUUCAGAUUCUUGAUGCAUCUCUUACUGCAUCUGCUUCUCCUGACUGUUCACUAAAGAUGGCAUUUAUAUUAUCCCAAGUUGCAUUAACAUGCAUGGCUAAAUUACAAGAUGAGAGGUUUUUGUUCCCUGGAAGCCUGAAUUCUGACAGCAUCAUGUGCCUUGAUCUUAUUGUGGCAAAGCAAUUAUCCAAUGGUGCUUGUCUUACCAUAUUGUUUAAACUUAUCAUGGCAAUUCUUAGACCUGAAUCGUCCGAAGCUUUAAGGAGACGUCAAUAUGCAUUGCUUCUGAGCUAUUUUCAGUAUUGUCAGAAUGUGGUUGAUCCAGAUGUCCCAACCACAGUUCUGCAAUUCUUGCUGCUCAAUGAACAAGAUAAUGAAUAUAUUGAUCUCCCAAAGAUUGACAAAGAACAGGCAGAACUAGCUCGCGCAAAUUUUUCUACUUUAAGGAAAGAGGCUCAGAGCAUCGUGGAUUUAGUCAUAAAAGAUGCUACUCAUGGAAGUGAACCUGGGAAGACAAUAGCAGUCUAUGUUUUGGAUGCGCUGAUUUGUAUAGAUCAGGACAGAUAUUUCUUGAACCAACUUCAGAGCAGGGGCUUUUUAAGGUCUUGCUUAACGAGCAUAAGCAAUUUUUCAAAUCAGGAUGGUGGGCAUUCACUAGACUCAUUGCAACGAGCCUGUACCUUUGAGGCUGAGCUUGCCUUACUCUUAAGGAUCAGUUAUAAGUACGGUAAAUCUGGAGCCCAGGUAUUAUUUUCCAUGGGCAUUCUGGAUCAUCUUGUCUCAGGCAGGGCAAUCAGUCUACAGGGAGGGUUUAGGCGGGUUGAGACAAGACUUCGAAGAGAUAUGGCUGUGGAUGUUGACAGGCAACAAAUGAUUGUCACUCCAGUUUUGAGAUUAGUCUUUUCAUUAACUUCCUUGGUGGAUGCAUCAAAUUUUUUGGAGGUGAAGAAUAAGUUUGUCCGUGAAGUUAUUGAUUUUGUCAAAGGGCAUCAAUCGCUCUUUGAUCAACUUCUUCGUGUAAAUAUUACUGAAGUAGAUGGAUUAAAACUGGAGCAGAUCAAUCUUGUUGUCGGAAUACUUAGCAAGGUUUGGCCAUAUGAAGAGAGUAAUGGUUAUGGUUUUGUUCAAGGUCUUUUUGGUUUGAUGCACACAAUUUUCUCUCAUGACGUGGACGUGUCUACUUUUGCUCAAUCAAUAGUAGUAUUAUCUCCCGAGAAACAGAGGAAUUCAGAGCUACAAAAGUUUCGUUUAUGCUUCAGCCUCAGCUCUUAUUUAUAUUUUCUGGUCACAAAGAAAUCUUUGAGAUUGCAGCCUUCAGAGGCCUCCUCCAGUUACCCCACUUCUGUUGAAAUGCAACAACCCUCGUUGGGCGAACUCAAUUCUCUUCUUACAUCUGUUACAGCUAGUCUAGAAAGAGCUGCUGAGGAGAAAUUCUUGCUACUAAAUAAGAUUCGAGAUAUAAAUGAAUUAUCAAGGCAGGAAGUUGAUGAAAUCAUCAAUAUGUGUGUUCGGCAGGAGUGUAUUUCAUCUUCAGACAAUACACAAAAAAGGAGACACAUUGCAAUGGUGGAAAUGUGUCGAGUUGUUGGUAGUAGGGAUCAGCUUAUAAGUUUGUUACUGCUACUUUCUGAACAUGUGCUAAACAUCAUCCUCAUCCAUCUUCAGGAGAGUUCUGUUGUAUCCGAUGCCUCCUCGACCACAAAAGCAAUUACGUAUGGUGAGAAGCAUGAUUCACGACAGGACAUUGAAUCACUGUGUGGAAAAUUAAUUCCUACCCUUGAACGACUUGAAGUACUUUGUGAGGAGAAAGUAGGGCACAAUCUCAAGGUUUUUCACAGAUUGGCAACUUCGACUAAAGAGAUUGCCGUUCAAAAGAUCGUUUUGUAGAUCUGCGUAUGUGACUUCUACAAAUUUAAAAAGUCAACUGAAAUCAACUGCUCAUCAAGGUCAGCCUAUGAUCAAGCAGAUUUUGUGAAUUAUAACGUGUGCUACAGGAUGCUUCAAGGCGCAAGUUAUAACGUGAAAAUAGGUGUAGCAUUAGAAUUAGAUAUUAGCCUCCCUGAAAUGCUCUGUAUGUGGUUCGUAUAUUUUACACUCAUGAAUGUAGAUUAUACAUUCCAAGAGAAACAUAAGAGUAGUAGAUUCUGUGAUAUGUUAAAUUAUCAUUUUUGGCUGAUUAGAAAACGUAGAGAAGAUUGUUUUGUAGAUAUGGAAAUAUCAUUAAAUUAUAAGAAUGAAGAGAAGAUUCGACUUGAUUAUCUAAA